GACAGUGACAUAAAACACUUCAUAAAUUGAAAUUUACAUUUUGUAAUUUUAAAAAUCAAAUCAUUUCACUGAUACAAAUUAGUGAAAAUGCAGAAAUAUGAAAAACUCGAGAAAAUCGGUGAAGGCACAUACGGCACUGUUUUUAAAGCAAAAAAUAAAGAAACUCAUGAAAUAGUGGCACUUAAACGAGUAAGAUUAGAUGAUGACGAUGAAGGGGUUCCAUCUUCUGCCCUUCGUGAGAUAUGUCUACUUAAGGAAUUAAAGCAUAAAAAUAUUGUCCGUCUGUAUGAUGUGUUACACAGUGAGAAAAAAUUGACUUUAGUCUUUGAACAUUGCGACCAAGACUUAAAGAAAUAUUUCGACAGUCUUAACGGUGAAAUCGACUUAGACGUGGUCAAGUCAUUUAUGUACCAGCUUCUUCGAGGUCUCGCUUUUUGUCACAGUCACAAUGUACUUCAUCGUGAUUUAAAACCACAAAACUUGUUAAUAAACAAAAACGGAGAACUAAAAUUAGCCGAUUUUGGCCUUGCAAGAGCAUUUGGUAUUCCUGUGAAAUGUUACUCAGCAGAGGUUGUUACCCUAUGGUACAGACCUCCUGAUGUUUUAUUCGGGGCUAAGUUAUAUACAACUAGUAUUGAUAUGUGGUCUGCUGGGUGCAUUUUUGCAGAACUUGCAAAUUCUGGAAGACCCCUGUUUCCUGGAUCUGAUGUUGAUGAUCAACUUAAAAGAAUUUUUAAACUGCUUGGUACACCAAAUGAAGACACUUGGGCAGGAGUAACGCAAUUACCAGACUACAAACCACUAGCAGCUUACCAGCCUAGCUUGGGUCUUGCACAAGUAGUACCAAGGCUGCCAGCACGAGGAAGAGAUCUCCUAACUCGUCUGCUCACAUGCAACCCAGCUUUAAGAAUGCCAGCUGAUGAUGCUAUGGCACAUGCCUAUUUCCAUGACCUCAAUCCAUCGGUUAAGAAUGACCGAUGUUAACAAUCAAUACACCCCUACAGGUGUACCUCAGAACUCUUAUUUAGUGUUAAGAAUCAAGACAUUGAUGAAGUGCAACAGUGUUGUGAAGAAGACACAUGAAUUUUCUAGAAAAAUAAUACUUUUCUACUUGUUUGAGUGAUCAUACAGUUAAGGUUUACAUUAUUGAAUAUUUCAAAAAAAAUAUAUACAUUUUAAAAUCAUCAAUGAUUAAGCUUAUCUGUGCAUUUUAACAAUAUUUAUAUUAUUUUAUAUAAGUGUAACAAGAAUUUAUGUAACUAAUAUUUUUUAACAUAUUUAACUGCCAAAUUAUUUUGCAUCUUGCAUUUAUUACAAAAAUAAAAUAUUUGUAUAUUAGAUUGAGUAAUCCGUAGAUGUGAUAGUAUACAUUAGAAAAUAGGGUAUAUAACUGUAUCCUUAGAUUGAAAUUAGGAUUUUUAGGCUUAAAGAUUUAAAUAAUAUUCUUUAUUUGUUUGCAUUGUUUGUUGAUUUUAAUAGGUUUAAUUUGCUAGAUGCCUUCACAUUGAAAUUAAAAAUAAUCAGGAAUUAUUUACUAUUAGGUGGCAACAUUUUUUUAUUUUUUUUUUAUGUUUGUUGACAUUAAUAUAAUAAAUAGGGGUAAAAAGUAAGAUUACCUAUUAACAUAGAACUUGUUGAAAUUCUACAUUAUAUAAUAUGUCUUAAUGUAUAAAAUAAACAAUAAUUGAUAUAAUAUUAAGGAAAUUGUUCCAGUUAAUACGAUCUCAUUGAAUUUCUCUUGUAACAUAAUUUAUAAGGGUAUAUAAAUUACUAAUAGUAACAAAUUUUUCAGGUCUGACUGAAUUUAAUGUUAACUGACUGUAUACCAUUUUAUAGUGAAGUUCAUUAAAUAUUUGAAUUAAACAAAAACUUUAUUUUAG